UCACCAGUCACCGUCCUACGCCGUCCGCGAACGACGUCGCGUGCGCUGCCCGGUCUCGCCUCGCGUGUGUGUCUUUGUGCUUGCCGCCGUUUUGCUGGAAAGAAAAAAAUGAAUUAAAUAAAAUAUAUCAAUCGCCGCCAAACGAAAAAUAGCGAUCGAUAAGUUUACACAGUUGUCGUCCGUAAACAAUAUUAUUUUAGUGCAGCGUGUGCCAAGACGACCAGCACAACCGGACCCGCCGAUUAUCGACAUAUUCCGGAUGGAUUGACACCGCAGUGGAUUGGCAACGACCACGAUACACACCGAAUUAUGACCAGAGCCGAGUGGAGAAAAUCGUUGACCUCUUACGCUGGUUGGUUAGCAAAUCCACUGAGGCGACGCAGAUUCGUAAUGCUCGGCCUGUUGGGCAGUGCAUUGCUCUUGGUACUCUGUCUGCAAUACAGCACCUCCGACGAAAUGGCCCACCAAAAUUCUUUGCUCAUGUCUGAGUUCGAACCGGUCGAGCCACCUCGGCCAGCUCCGGUUUCGGGGACGAUUAGGAAGAUCAACGACGACGUGCAGUUCGUCGAAGAGCAGCAGGCGCGCAUCAGCGUCCAACAGCCUCAGAUGAACACCGUGGCCCAGCAAUCGCAACCGUACGUACCCCCGCAUAGACUCGUCCACUUGGACCUGAAAGGAGCCCCUCCGAAGAUACCCUACCUCCAAAAAUUGUUUCCGUUGAUCAAACAAUUCGGCGGCACCGGCCUGCUGUUGGAAUGGGAAGACAUGUUCCCUUGGAGCGGUGCCUUGGAGCCGUUAGCGGCCGGAAACGCGUACAAAAAGGCCGAAGUCAAGGAAAUACUGCGAUUGGCCGAAAUGAACAAUCUGGACGUUAUCCCGCUGAUACAGACGUUCGGCCAUAUGGAAUUUGCGUUGAAAACACCGGAUUUCGCUCACCUUAGAGAAGUCCAGGAGUCCCCGCAAGCGCUGUGCCCGUCGUACAACGCAUCGAUAACAUUUAUCGAGCAAAUGAUCGAUCAGAUCAUGGAACUCCACGGCAACAUCAAAUAUCUGCAUAUCGGCUGUGACGAAGUGUUCCACAUGGGCGAAUGCUACAGGUGCAGGUCCAAACCCAGGGAAAAUUUGUUCCUCUCGCAUGUUAAGCAAGUGGCAACGUAUGUCCGCACCAAGCACCCGAACACUAUACCGAUCAUUUGGGACGACAUGCUUAGGCAUCUACCGGUGACUUCGAUGCAGAUGUACAACAUAGGAAACCUCGUCGAACCCAUGAUAUGGGUGUAUGCGGAAGACGUGUAUAGGUUCGUCAUGCAGAACGUCUGGGAAAAGUAUCAGGCAGUGUUUCCGUACGCGUGGACGGCAAGUGCUUUCAAAGGAGCGUUUGGAGAAACGCUAUACGUUCCGAACGUCAAAAGACAUCUUGAAAACAACUUGAACUGGUUACAAUUGAUGUCCAACGAAGAGAGUAGAUUUACCGGCGGAUUCAAAGGGAUCGCCAUAACUGGGUGGCAAAGGUAUGAUCAUUUCGCUGUACUGUGCGAGACUCUACCGGCGUCCGUACCGUCAAUGGUGAUAAACUUAAUGGCGACCACUCACGGGUACAUUAACCAAUCGCUGCAAACGAAAUUGAACGAAGGUCUCAACUGUGGUGUAUUUGGCAGCUCCAAUGAUUAUGACGGUGAUUUCCUAAAUUUAAACAACGAUCCUCAUCUUUGGGACCAAUUUUCAAGAUGCUCGUUCCCCGGACAUCAGUUCUUUAGAUUAACGUACAGGCUGCACUCUAUCGAAACGGAUUACGCGGAUUUCAUUGCAGCCACUAAAAAAAAUCGAGGUUGGAUGACCGAUUACAACGUGGAACAUCAAUUUUCAUCGCCACUCCGUGUAGACGAGCUGAUGUUUGACUAUUCGCGUAUUUACCGGCCUCUGUUGUCGAUGAUCAGACCGGUGCAGGAAUCUCUGGCGGGCAUAUACGACAAGUACACCAUUGCCGAAUGGAUCGAACAGAGGAUAUAUCCAAUGAUCAAGGAACUGGAGAAAAUACAGAGACAGGCGCACGAUUUGAAAUCUAAAAAGACAUGGCCCAAGCGACCGCUGCCAAUUCUGAAAGAGUUGACGAGGAUCGGCGUGUCCGAUCGCGAACCGUCGACAUCGUCCAAUGACAAGGUAUAAUCUACUCAAGGUAAGCGAAUACCGAUCAAAAUAAGAAGAAAAAAAACGAUGAUGCUUUUGUAAUCGAGAACUGCAAAUGCCCAAAGACGCGCAUUAAACAAAAACAAACGCAGGACAUAAUAAUACUAGAUGUACACGAGACCUUAAGACACACGGUUAAGUUGGCAAAGUUUCAGGGUUUUGUGUAUGAAAUACAUUUCAUUUUAAAGGGUAUUAACGUAACAAGAAUUGUUAUUACUUAUUAGUAAAAUGUUUGGUUUGUAAGUUAGCCCCUCAAGUUUUAAAGAAAAUAACGUCCAGUUCUUCGUAGAACACGUGCAAUUUAGUUAAUAAAUUGUUCGUAUGAAAACUCAAUCUGUAUAUAUGUAUUGACUAAUCCGAGUCGUAUGAUCCAUAGUUUUAAAACGUAAAUAUUAUACAUUAACAUGACAAAAUUACAGUUACCCUGUGCCAUUUAUAUUGUAGAAACUACUUAAUGAAUUAAAGUUUAAUUUACCUAAGAUUUGUAAAACAAAUAAACCAGAAUAUUUGAAUUUUUAUCGAACUUAAGCCACCAUAUAGUUAAAAAAAACAUUUAACUAGUAGAACUAUUAUUAUUAUUAUUUAUUUAGUACCUUAAUUUUGUUAAAACUGUUUUUUCUUUGUUUAGCUACUUAAAUUGUUUUUAGUAUUUUUUUCUAUAGGUACCUUUAUUAUGUUAUUUGUCUAAGAAUCUAUUUAUUCUAAUUUUGUUUUUGCGUGGCAUAAUUUGUAUGUGGCUGUGUAUUCUUGUUAAUGUUACUUCACUGUACACUGUUUACUACGCUGUACACUACUUAUUAUAACUAAUAGCGAACGUGUGAAAGUUGUUCUGAACACAAUAAAUUGCUAAAUUUUAUUAUAAUUAAUAAAUUGUUGAGAAAGUAUCUAAGAGAAUUAUAUUAUGCCUAGCAGGGUUAUAUCGAUAAAUUGGAACCCGUCGAAUAGAAACUACUUAUAAUAAACAUAAUUUACUUUUGUCAAUUUUAAUUUUAAUCUUUAAUAAUUGUCCAAUAUAGAAAAAUAGUACUAUCUUUGUGAACAUAUUUAACUCGAGUGUAUAUUAUUAUUUAAUGUGAUUUAAGUUUUGUUAAAUGUGUAUAAUGAACAGUGAAAAUGGAGUAUCUUAUAAUGUUACAAAAACAUUAUAAUUAUUAUUAUAUAAUUUUUAAAUUAGGUAAAUUAUACUUG